CACCACUUAACGCGUCGUUCUUUCUGAGACGCGACCACGAAAUACCUACUUUAACAGGGGGCCUUUUUUUUUUAAUUCAUUUCUCCCCAUCUUCACAUUUUAUAGCUUUCUUCAUAUCCUCGCUGUCGCAAACGAACGAUUUCAUGUCCUUACAAAUACGUAAUAAUUUGCGUGCGUGCCUGUGAAAUAAUAGGGGGCAAGGGGCAUCUUCUAUCAUCCAUCCGUUCAUCUGAGUAACCACCCCUCCGUUUCUCUGGGCAACAUACGCGAAACCUAUCAAAAUGGAGGAUUAUAAGCAAUAUCUAGCCCAGAAGAUUCUCACUGAAGAUCAACUUGUGACUUAUCGCCUUCUGAGCCGAGCCUUAAAGAUCCAUGUCAAUACUGCCAAGGAGAUGCUAUAUGAAUUCCAUACAUGGCAGAAUGAUAAACGGCCGGGGUCACUGCAUGCUACUUACCUAGUAUACGGUACUAAGAAAGCCGUAGAAAAGUCCAAUGGGCAAGAUGGUGACGUUGAAAUGACCGAUUCUCAACAUUCAGAAGAUAUUCAGGUCCCCUUUUCGGAUGAAGUCCCUACUUUCACACUCUCUUUGGUCAGAGAAGAGCAGCUACAAGACACAUUAGCAGAAUAUGACGAAGUCACAUCAAUACACGUCUAUAGUUUGGCCCCGCAUCCGCUUAAAGACCUCCAGCUCUUAGCCGACACAGCUCGACAGGUUCUGGAACUAUCAUCAACGAGCAAUGCGCCCGCCUCGGGCAAAGAAUUCGGAUCAAUAGUCAAUCCCAAUGUCCGCAGAAGAGAGCGCCGUGGACCAGCUCCGAAUGUGGCCGCUAGUGCACCUGUCCCUCAAGUCGCAUCGAAAUCCGCGACCAGCCAGGAGACAAAACCAGCUCCUAUAAAGGAAGAGUCGAAAGCAGUCCCACAGGCUAGCUCGAAGAGUUCAACGUCAGCGGCAGCUAAAAAAUCAGCGCCGACCACCUCAUUGAAGCGGCAGAGUUCUUCGGGCAUUGGUCAGAUGUUUGCCAAGGCUGCGGCCAAUCCCAAGAAACCUGCUGCCAAACCCAUAGUGUCGAAAGCAUCUUCUGCUGUAACUACCCCCGCCGAGGAAGUCCAGGAAAUGGUCUUGUCAGAUGACGGAGAAGACGACACAGAUCCGAUACCAGAACCCAAAAAUGAAGAAAGCGGCAGCACCAGGCAGUCGAGAAAGGAUCGGCAAGCCGAACUCCGCCGCAUGAUGGAAGAGAGCGACGAAGAAGAGCCUGGCAAGCCUGAUAGCCCAGUUGAAGAACCCAUAGAAGAGGAGGAGUCUCAGCCUGAACCGGAAUCGAAGGCAGAAGAGCCUGCAGAGAUAGUAUCUAGCGCCGCCAACGGUAGACGAAGAGGAAGACGACGGGUCACUCGCAAGAAGCAGGUCAUGGAUGAUAAAGGUUAUCUAGUGACGAUCCAAGAACAAGCCUGGGAGUCGUUUUCAGAAGAGGAAGCACCUCCUCCCUCUAAACCGAAGCCCGUGAUGGCCAAGGUGGAACCUGCUACGAAACCGAAAAAGGGGGCAGCAAAGGGCCAGGGGAAUAUCAUGUCUUUCUUCGGGAAGAAGUGAAGACACUACUUACUGUAUGCUUUGAAAUGACUAUGUAAGUGGGUUAGGCACAUGAUCGUCAUGAUAUAUUCACGUCAUGGGUAAUUUUUUACAUAAAUAUGUAUGCCUACCACCAACGAGGAGUAUUGGGAACAGAUAGUAAGUGGCCGUGCACAUGGAAAAUCUAAAAGGCUCACUUGCUUAAAUGCUGUAAUGCAUCAUGUUGGCUGCAUUCGUUUCACAUCUAUGUGGAUGCCUACUAAGGUCCACGUGGAAUUAUUG